AGACAGACGGCGACCGGCCGGGCGGCUCGUUUCGCUUCUUUUGUCUUCUUGCGUUCGAAGUGAAAGUGGAACGAACGUCUCAUCAGGAGGAUGAUGACGAUGAUGAGCUCGCCGUCAGACAAGACGAAAAGAAAACGGUCCAAGGACAGUCUGGCUCCGCUGCCGUGCUUCUACUUUGUCGAGCUCCCCAUCGCGGCGUCGUCCGCGGUGUCGCUUUACUUCCUGGAGUUGACGGACGUGCUGCGGCCUCCGCGGCUGGCCUUUCGCUGUCACGACCGCCAUCUCAGCAAGCCCUACGUGGACGGAGGCCAAGAAAUGAUUCCGCUGCUCAUGCUGCUCAGUCUGGCCUUCGCCGGCCCGGCCGCCUCGAUCAUGCUGGUGGAGGCCUUCGUCUACUUGCUGCAGUCCCGAACCAAAACGAGGCGAGCGGAAGGCGGCGUCGACGCGGGCGGCUGCAGCUUCAACUCCUUCCUCAGGAGGACCGUCCGCUUUGUGGGCGUGCACGUGUUCGGUCUGUGCGCGACGGCGCUGGUCACCGACGUCAUCCAGCUGUCGACGGGUUACCACGCCCCCUUCUUCCUCACCGUGUGUAAGCCGAACUACAGCCACGUCUCCUGCGACGCCAACGCCUACGUCACCAAAGACAUUUGCUCCGGACACGAUCAGCAGGCCAUCGCGGCCGCCAGGAAAACCUUCCCGUCCCGGCAUGCGACUCUGUCCGCUUUUGCCGCGGUGUACGUUUCGAUGUAUUUCAACGCGGCCAUUUCGGACGGCGCCAAGCUGCUGAAGCCCGUCCUGGUGUUUGCGUUCGCCGUCGCCGCCGCGCUGAGCGGCCUGACUCAGGUCACGCAGCACCGCAGCCACCCCGUCGACAUCUACGUGGGCUUCGCGAUCGGCGCUUUCAUCGCCGCCUACCUGGCUUUCCACGCCGCGGCCAACUUCGAGUCCUCCGACGUCCCUCCGGCCGCGCCCUCUCCGCCGAGCCCGGAGGACCCUUUGCGAGCGCUGACCGAGCGGGGGCACGAGUCGGUCUACGACAAGGGGCCCGCCUCGGCCUCCGAGAGCAAUGACGAGAUCGCCGCCGCCCCGGGGCCCCUUCGCGCCGAGGUGCCCGCCGCCGGAAGCCUGAAGAGGGCCGGCGCCGACGCGGAGCUCGCGGCCCCGCGCGGUCCCACGGCCAAGGAGACCCUGCUGACGUUCGGCAACGCUUUACCUCGAACCGGCGGCGGCGACGGAACGCCCGCUCCGGUCCAGCCACGUCCGAAAGCGGUCCACGUGCCCUCGGAGCCCGUUUCAUCACGCCGUCUCUCGUCGGAAUGGAAGCGGGUCCAAAGCGUGCGGAACGAGAGCGAGCGCGGCGACGGCGUUUCGGAGGCGGGCGUGGAUGACGGAGGUUCUCCCGCCCUCGUCUGCCGCCCCGCCGCCUCCGAUCGGAACCCGACUCCGACUCCGACUCCUCCCGCGGGUGCCGGAGCCGCGGCCGCGCCUCGACCGCCGCAGAUCCCGGAAGCGGGACCGCCUCCGGUUUCACCCAAGACCUCCUUAGCCCGCGCCAAGUGGUUGGCUAUUCGAGAGAAGACGGCCGCCGAGGCGUCGGGCCGCCCGAGACCGAUUCAAGCGCCGGCCGCGUCCAAGCGGCGAGGCCUCGCCGCAUCGCCGUCCUCUGCGGAAAAAUCCCCAGAAAGCGCUCGCGCUUGUCCCGGCUCCUCAAGCGCCGCCCCGCCGUCCCCGCGCCGCGGGCCGGCCCCCGACGACAAGUCGCUGCAACGUAUGGUUCCAGUACCAGCGGCGUGCCAAGCGGUCGCCCUAAACGCCGACUUCAAGGUUUAG